UUGAAAUGCAUACAUACAUUAGUAUCUGCUGACAACUAAAAUGAUCAUGUGAUAGUUACAUAUUGCAUUGCUGACAAAGUCACCGAAACGUAUCGCAUUGAUUACACACUUUUUCUCUCCAGAGUGAUGAAAUUGUUUCAAACUCCGGGGAACAUUAGUGUUGGCAAUUGACUGUGCUUGCGUGAUCAUUAAAAAAAGUUGGGAAAAUUGACGAAAACACUGAAUAUAUACUUGCAACUAAUUUUCACCAGCUUUGAGGUUAUGACAGUAAACUUCGUAACAUUUGUGAAGCUUGAAGGAAAUACGCUUUCCUUUACGAAGAAUCAUAAAAUUACUCCAUGGGGAAUAAAUGGAAAGAUAUUAAAAUAAAUAACACAGAAUACAUAUUAUCCGUUUCCCAUAACAAAGAUGUAUGGAAAAUAGUAUUAUCAAACCUUGUUGAAGUAUGGAUGGAAACUAUAACGAAAGACGUUGCCUUACUACGAUGUCAGUCGCUGAACUCGAUGUUGGAUGUAGACGAGUUUAACAUUGAAGAGACUUUUGACGUGAUACUGAAUGAUAUACCCAAAUAUGCAGUCGACAUAUCUGUGGAUGAGAUCAAGCUUGUAACUUGUAUAGAUGGGGGUGAAUUCAAAUUUGAUAUAAAAUUGACAAAAGGAAGUCCUCAUCAGUUUUGGAAUGAAAUUACAAAACCGUUGUGUCAAUCUGUAAUGGAAUUACAACGUAAACACGAGAUUGUUGUAGAUUUGAUUAAAAGAAAAGACGAAGCGCUUAUAGAGUAUAAAUUAAGCGGCGCUCAAUUAAUUAGAAAAAAUAUUGAAACACCGCCUUACAGUGUGGAUAUAUUUGUGAAUAAAAUUUCUGUACAUAACACACAAUCAAAUGAAUGCUUAAACGCAUUUAAAUCCAUGAUGGACGUACAUAAUGAGCUGGAAAAACGUGAUUCUUCGUUAAAUGAUAGUCACAAUUCUUUGCAACAAGAGCCAAGCAGUCCAAAUUCUGUUCAACCUAACAUCAAGACAGAAGUUGAAAACAUAGAAGUAUCUGAAGAAAAUGCUGCUGAACCAAGACCGAGCAGUUCCAGAGAUAAUUUGCGAAUCAAAAAGAAUGAGCAAAAACGAUCUAUAACAAAUGGUAUAGGACACAUCUCGCUGGCUUCUUUCAAAAAAACCAAGCAAAAAAUCUCUAACCGUUGAGCAAAAACCAAAUAUUAAUGGCUAUUACUGAGUUGUACGAUUUUGAAGAAGCACUAAAUAACGCUACUUCGUUUUUUGAUAGAAAAAAUUAUUAGUCAAUCACUAAAUUUUAGAAAUACUCUUCAAAUUCCUUGAUGGAAGUAAAACGCGCUAUUAUUUAUACAAUCUUUACACUGUAUAGUAUAUAUCUUAGGAAUUAUACAUCUGAUAAUAAAUAGGAGUUACAAGUUAUUUAAGUAUUCAAGUUCUGACUGUUGCCAAUAUUGUGUGCCUGACUAUUCAAUUGAUCAAGUAAAGCCAAAGAGCUCGUGACACUGAUUGUGAGUUACGACGUUAAAUAUCGAGGGCAGUGCAAUAUUCAUUGUUAGCUAAACUUUUCCGACUUUAUCCUGACCAAUAGCUGUAGAUCACGUUUUAUUUGCUCUUCAUAAACUUAUUAACACAAUUUAUAGUGUUAGUAGCAAGGAAUUUGAGUCGUCGAUCAAGCUUGAUUCAUCCGAAAGUCAAGUACACUUGAUAUAUUACAACCGGCAAUUGAAUAAUUGAUAAGAUUAACGGUACGGCAGAGUACAAUAAUAUUGAUUUGUAUAAAGCAUGUUAAUUUACUCGGCUUUUAAUUUUAUAGUUUCAAGUGCAUUCAAAUUUUCAGUCAUUGAUGAAAAAAUUAUUACGUGUUUGAAGGUAAUGUGGAAUAGGUUUUUAAAUUUCCAACAAUUGCAUUUCAGGUUUGCUAAAAUACAGAGCUGGAUAUUUGCGUUUUAUUUUCCCAGAAUGUGUGUGAUUGUUUUCUUGACUCACCUCAUUACUCAAUACAUAGCGCCAUUUAAUUACUUCACAAUUAACAUGUGACAUCGCAAUGGUCACUGUUAAUAUACACGCAUUGUAUUAUUGUAAUACAUUCCACAAGCUUUCAAAGUUUUGUGAAUAUGUAAACAAUAAAAAUUUAUAUUGCACCAAAUAAAAACGUUACAUUUUUCUAA